AUGAACUUUAGUGCAACCCCCAAGGGUACGGAGGCGACCCCGUCACGCGUGCCAUUGAAGGGCCUCACGCCCCUGCACCGCAGUGGUAUCACUCAUCUUGCCACUCCCUACUACGCCCAAGCUGCGGCGUCUGCAUCCGCAAGUUCACUGUUGUCUACCUCCACCUCCUCAGCUGCCCACCCAGCGGCGCGAACAUUCACGUCGCCGUCGUCCAGGGGGCAUCGCGCCCCUGGCGCUUCGGCAGCCUCAACGCGGGAUGUGCAAAGGGCUGCGUCUGCGCGUUGCGCAAGUCACUUCUCGCCACGGCAGGCUCUAGGUCCUUAUGCAGCUAGCGUCAGGAGUCCAGCAUGGCAUGGCCGCUCUCAGAUGGCCUGCACCGCGUUCGGCAACGGCAGUGGCGGCGGAGACGCAUCUAGCAGGGCGCCCUGGCGCCACCAUGUGGCAGCUGUGUGCCGCCGCUUACAGCAUACCGUUCAGGAAACUGAGCAGAUACUGGUGCCUGCGACAGCCUCCGCUGCCUCGGCAUCAUCCAGCACCCCUCUCGACGAAAACGGUAGUGAGGGGCUUCCGUGCACACUGGCGCAGCUCAUGGAAGCACUGCAACGGUACCGCAGUGGCUGCAUGGCUGCCAUGCUGGAGCUGGAUGCGCUGCAGCAGCAGCCCGGCUUCCCAGCCUCCUCAGCACCUUCUCCGACCGGGGAGGCGGAGGAUCCCACGAUACUCUGCUCUCCGAUUCAGUCAGUGCACCGCCGCACGGCCCACGAGGGGGACGACGCGGACACCUCGCCGCCCAGCCUCAUGGACGCGGCGCAGCUCGACCGCCGAUACCAUCUCAUCAAAGCGCACCUCGACGACACCCUAGCGGCGCAGUCCGCGUACAUGCAAGAGAUUACGCUUCAGCAGCAGCUUCGCGAGCGUGAGGGGGUCAUGGGCGAGUACAUGUGGACGGCGCGGCUGCUUGUGGAGCAGGAAGCCGCAGAGCGUGCGCACCUUGUCUCACUGUGGGCGUAUCUCACCGCGUCUGCACCGAAGCGGCGGACGGCGUCCAAUGCACGUGCCGGUGCCGGGCUCAAGCCUACGGCGGCAGCGCGUACGCUGCACACCCUCGCCACAGCAGUGCCGCCUCCGCCAGAGCCAGCCAGACUCGUCUCCUAUGCCGCCGCAGCCCCGCUGCCGCAGCCGCCCACACACGGCGACACCGCGGCUGCUCGUCUGGCGGCGCAGAACGAGUCUCUGCUGCACGAUCUUCACCACGCGAACGAGCGCACUUACGCGCUGCUACACGAGCAACAGAAGUACCUACAGGACGCACAGGAGCGUGCGCUGGCACAACUGGUUGCCCGCCACGAUGCCGAGAAGAGUGCUCUGGAGGAACGUGUGCACGCGGCGCAGGAGGCAGCGGCCCAAUCGCAGCACUGCCUUACCGAAGUGAAGCAGGCACUCGCAGCGGCGCAGUCUGCCACCUGCGAGAUGCAGCGGUGCGCCGGCUUGACGUAUGACGGCAUGCACCAGCAACUGAAGGACACAACAAAGAAGAUGUGGCAACUCCAGCUCACGAACGAUCACCUCGAUGCCAAGACGCGGGUGUUGGAGAGGGAGCUGGAGGAGCUGCGGUUGAGUCCCUCGUGGGUGCGAAACGGCCAAGGAGGCAACGGGACAACGUCCUCUGCAGCAGAACAGGCAAGCGGGUUGGCGUCGCUAUCGACCACCGGCGCAGCGUAUUCGAGCAACGGCUGCGCCAGAAAUGACGCUGGCAGCCGCACCAGAAGCGUAAGCACUGUCUGCCGCGGGCAGCUGUCCGCGUCAUCGCGGCAUGCAAGCGCAGAGAGAGCGGCCAGCGGUGGCCGCAGGGGUGGGAAAGUCCAACACGUGAGCCCUGGUGUGUGGUGUGCGUACGAGGAGCGCAGCGGUCUCUUGACAAGCGCGACGCCAGUGAAGCAGUUGUCGCUGGGCUCUUCCCUCUCCUCUGGGCAUGCCCUCGCCGUGACGCGCUGGACACAGGAGCUGCAGCACAGGAAUGCACAUCCGCGCUCGCCCUUCAUUCGCAUGACCCACCCGCAUGCAUCCUCGCUCUUGGUCGUCUCCGCCAACUCAACAACGACGAACACCAACGAGAACGCGUCGCACAUGAUUGAGCAUGAUGCCGCGUACGCACCCACGUCGAGCACGCAUCAAUGGAGGCCCCCUUCAGCCACCGGUAAAGUCGGGGAUGACGACAAGGACAGCAUCAGCAGCAGCCGAAAUCGACUGUUUGCGCGCACGCUGUCGCCGGCUCGCCAGCUCUCGCUCGACCGCACCCCUGUACAGCAAUCCUCUGUGGCCACAGCGCUCUCCUACGGAGGGCCGCGCCAAGACCUGGAAGACGCAGCGGCCCACCCAUCAUGCGUCGAGGCAUCGGAGAUAGACAACGAGCGUGACUCGGUCGCCCACGAUGACCCAUCACAGGUGCAACCGAAUGCAGCAAGGCACUGCUCCAGUGCGUCAGCGCAGACAAAUGCGGCCGAGUCCCUCCGCAGCGCGACUCCUCGCCUCAACGGGGUCCCUGCAACCAGCUCGGGCUAUGUGCAGGCUCCGUCCGACACCGCGUAUAGCUGUGGACACCCGCCGCCGCUGACGGCCCCGCACGACAUGGACAACUCGACGAGUGGCGAGAGAGCAACGGCCAAGUUCGCCGCCACCGUCGCGGAGGGAGAAGAGGUGGCGCUGCAGCCUUCGUUAGCGUCGGUGUGCUCUUCUCCGAUAGCAUCCGGCUCACGUGCAAGAUUGGAGGCCGUGCAUCGCGAUAUCCUCCGCCACGCCGAACGGCUGGAACGGGAAGUGCAAGUAGUGACCUCUCAUUACGAUGCAGCGCGACGACAGCGACGGCGCGAGAGAGACACGCUGCGCGUGAACGCGUCCAUACACAGCGGUAGCAACAGCCCAGCCACCUCCGAGCCGCGCAACGACGAAGGCUGGCACACGGGCGUGGUCCAUGCCGACGAUGCCGACUCUGAGGCGCUUAAUCGCGCCCUCGAGGAACUCCACAUUGAGCAGCAGGAGGACGACGACGAACUCGAGCGCUUCUACGCCCACGUCAACGAGAAGAGGAUGGAGCUUGAGCGGUGCCUGCGCUCUGUGGAGGACAGGCUGGCCGCUCUGCUAUGA